CCGAGAAACUUUCACAGCUGAAAAUGAAGUCUGUCGUUGCCCUGUGUGCCAUCUUCUUGGCCGUUUUUCUGGUCUCGGGCGUGAAUUCCGAUGCGGGUCGCUCCGCCUGCAAGGAUGAGUCGGAAAUUGGCCAGACCUUCACGCACCACUUCGAUGCCGCCAAAUACUGGCUGUGCGAGACCCUCGGAACUCCCGCUAAAGAGGUCGACUGCCCCACUGGACUGGCCUACAUGCACCUGCUCAAGGAGUGCAUCCCGUGGGCCAGCUACAUCUGGAAGAAGCCCGAGAUGCCUCCAACUGUCGCCUAAAAUAAACGA